CUUCUUUAAAAUGAAAUCGCCACUGUGUCUUUUACAAGACAAAAAAGAGCUUUGGAAAAAGAUUUUUAAAUGUGUGGUUGCAUAUGAAAUUGCUACUAUUUUAAUAUUAAUCCCAGCUGUCAACCGAGCAGCAGGUAAUCCACCUUACCUUGUGCCGCUGGGCACAUUGUUCUUUCAUGCGAGUGGAACAGCAGGAAACCAAAUUAUAAUGAUGGUGUUGAAUGUUGUGAUGAUGGUGCCUCCUGCUAUCUUCACUGGUAUCAUUUCGUACCUAUGUACACUUUAUAAUAGAGCACUUAUCACACAUCCAUCUCUGUACAGUAAUGGUGCUGGUGUGAUUGGUGCUAUCAGUUUUGCUUUGUGCGUUUUUCUAACAGCCUAUUACAGACUGAAAUAUCCAAGACUCUUUAUUCCUGCCCUUCAAGGCUUUACGUUACCCUUUUUUGUGUUGACAAGAGAUAUUUAUAGCACAGAAUACAAUGUAUUGAAUGUUGUCAAUACUGUUUAUCCAGUAUUGAUUGGUGGAGCGAUUGCAUUGCUUUGUAAUUUAUUGAUCUGGCCUGAAACAGCAGCAAAGGCAGCAGAACGCUCGCUUGGCAAUUCUAUAGAAUCAAUUAAGCAAGUGCUUUCUUUUGUGCAUCAAGACUUAUUAAAGAACGAUGAAUCAAACGUGAUCACUGGUGAUAUUUCAGCAAGCACAAAGCUUCAAAACCUAAACAACAAGUUACAAAAAGAUAUUGCUAGUAUGAAAGAAGCAAAGAAAGAUGCUAAAUACGAAAUUGUUGUAUCUUAUUAUGCGCCCGAACAUUACAAGCCUUUAGCAGCAUCGAUUGUGCAACUUUCUCACAACUUGCUUGGGUUUUCCUUAUCGAUCAAGCGCGAAGUACGUAUCAUGUUGGAAAAGAAAGUGAAGGCACACUUGCAGAAUUUAAGCAAACCGUCUAUGAGUAAAGAGGACGAGCACGAAAUGUACGAUGUAGCAUUCUCAACAGCAGUUUCUUCAGCCAGCAAGACACAACGUAUACCACAAACUGUAUUGCCUACAACAGCGGCUUUAUAUCAUGACCAUAUGCUUCAUGCAAGCGUUUUAUCAGGAGACACAUUGUUGCAUGGAAGAGAAUACAAAGAUAUUGAUCGACUUCAGUCAUGCAUUCAGCCUUCUGUAAAGCGAUUUAUAUCCGUAUGUAUUGACGCCCUCCAUCAGAUCGAACAAGAACUUGUUCAAAACAAGGCUAUUACAGUCCAGAAAGAAAAAGCUCAAAAGACAACAAAUCACACAAGACCAGUUGAUUUAUCAAGCGCCUUACAAGAAUUUAAACAGACUGAAAUCUUGUUGAAACAAGAGUAUGACCGCACUGAUAUAUCACCUACAGAAGACCAUUUCUUGGUCUAUACUGUCAUUUAUACACUUGUGGAAUUUGGCAAGGAAUUGAUUGUACUGCAAGACCGAACAAAAGAACUGAUUUCACAUAGUAAUCAAGGCAAAUGGUGGAUCAAUCGAAUUCAUUUUUCUCGUGUUCAUUGGGAAAGAUGGCUUAGUAGAGAAUCUAAUCAAAAGGGCGGUCAAACCUUGUCAGAAAGAGCCAUUCUUGAUAGUCGAGAAAUGGAACUAAGAGAAACACAUCGUGCAAACACAACUGGUCAUUCUCAACAUGAUUCUACUGAUGGUCUCUCUCACUUUAUGGAUGGCGAAAAAACCCAAGAAGAAGGGGAGGAAGAGGAACAAAUUAAUUUGACUCUGACAAGAAAAGCAAGCCAAAUUGCAUCACAUAUCCAAGACACAAGUGAUGAUCAACAGUUUAUAGAGCCUGAAGUUAAGCCUUUACAACAUGCCCAGGGAAAACAUAUUUGGAAAAAGAAACUGUAUCAGUUUAACAAAUGGCUUCAGUACAGUCCCACACGUUAUGCUUUUAAGUUCAUGGUUACUACCUCGCUUCUUUCAUUGAUGGCAUUUUUACCUAUUCCCGGCGUUAACGUUUUAUACAAUCAAAACCACGGUCAAUGGGCACUGUUAUCAGCCAUGGUCGUCAUCAAUUAUACAGUAGGAUCUACUGUAUGGCAAUGCUUUUAUCGUGUGAUAGCUACCAUUAUAGGUGGCGUAUCCGGCUAUAUUUGUUUGUUGGCAGCUCAUCGAAAUCAAAACCCUUAUGUAUUGGCUGUUAUGGUCCUUAUUUUGCAAAUCCCCAUGUGGUACUUGUUCUUAGGAUCGCCUUAUCCUCGUAUUGGAUUUAUUUCUAUCCUGACACUUGCUGUCAUUACCUCCACUGGUUAUACGAAUGCCAUGAAUGAAUCCAUCUUUGAUCCUGUUUGGAAGCGUACAAUCACUGCUAUCUUUGCCAUUAUUGUCGUGAUGCUUGUGAAUCAACUUGUUUGGCCAGUAUGGGCUAGGAAGCAACUUCGUACUAGUCUGGCUGACUUACUGAUUGCCACUGGUAUUCAGUACUCCCGUGUCGCUUCUCUUGUAUGUCAAUCGAAUGUCAAAUCCUAUCGUUAUCUUUCCACACUUGAAGAAUGUGAAGCAAACCAAAAGACGUUAGCAAGGCAGAUACAUGUAGUGCAAGAAAUGCUGGUUCUUUCUGGCGAUGAACCUCGCUUGACAAAAGGUUCCUUUCCUAUUAAAGAAUAUGGUUUAAUUUUGGAGCAUGAGCGCAACAUUCUUUAUUGGAUUGAACAUAUUCUAAAGGCUCAAUCUUUUAUCACAGAAAGUGUACGUAAAGCCAUUAUGAAUCCUGUAAAUGCUUAUCGAAAAGAAAUGGCGUCUGCUAUUCACCUGUAUUUGUUUACACUUGCUUGUGCCUUAAGAACAAAAACAUCAUUGCCUUGUUCGUUACCUUCGGCUGAAAUGGCUCGACGCAUGUUACAGCAAAAGCAAACAUCAGGAUGGAAGCAGACAUAUGAAGAAUUAUGCAAGCAAACUCCUGCAUCUGUUGCAGAACAACAAAGUGCCGAAAAUCAAGUAUUUUGGCAUACUUACGCUGCUGGGUCUACAGAGGUCGUAGUAGAGCAUGAAGCCAUGGGUGAAGUUGUAACACGUCUUAUGGGUCAACAUGUAUUUAAAGCAGCAACAAGAGAUUGGAUAGAAUAAACUUACUUUGUGUAAUGCACUUUUAUUUAUUUAUUUUCUAACUAUUUACAUUGUCACUCUCUCUUUCUUUGUGUCUAUUUUUUUUUUUUUUUUUUUUUUU